AUGGAACCUGGACGAUGGACUGGGUCGGCUGCCGACUACGCACGGGCGGCGUCGCUGCCAAACCUCCUCCAAGGCAAGGUGCUCAAUGAGCAUGUAGAGCCUCAGUGGAGUUCAGACGGCACGCGGCUGUGGUAUUUGUGGCAGGUUGCGUUGGAUGGCCGCAACGAAGUGUGCGUCGUCGACGUGCAUACUGGCGAGUCGCUCGUGGACAACGAUCGCUAUAUGCGAACUAUAUAG